UUUGAAGAGAAACCCUUUGUCAUACAAGAAUGGCAUGAUUAUUUUGCCAACGAGAGUUACUUUCAACGUGAUGAUGGUGUCAAAAUGAUUUGGACUCAAGACGCUCUCAGGUGUUAUCAUGCAGAUGGCACUGUUUUUACUACAGAAACUGAAGAGAAAACGCACAUUUUUGGCUCAGAUGAAUUUGACAGCCAAAUUUCUCAAAGCUCUUCGCAUAUUUUAUGCGAAGAAGAAGAAGACAUAGAAAAAGGUGUGAAAUCUGAAAAUAUGAAGCGUUUUAACCAUUUCAAAGCCAUGAACACCGAAUGCCCAGAAGAACAUGAAGACGAGAGAUUUGUUAAUUAUAUUUGUAACAGGUUCUGGAUGCAGCAUACUUCAUAUGCUGGCGUACAUAUUAAAUGGUUGGACACUUCCGCUUCCAACCAGUCGCCCAUAAUCAUGGAAAUUUUGGGUAUUGAGGGUAUUAUUUUAUAUACACUCCCUGGGGAUUCCAAUCAAAGGAACUCAUGCGAAAAACAUUAUGAGAUGAAAGAUCAAGAAGGAGCCUCUGGAAAAGCAAUGCAGUUAGUUGUUCACCUUUGGAUUGCAGAUUGCUUACAUUUUUCCGUGGAUGAGGAUGGUCUUGAGAUUUCUGUGAUAUUGGAACGAAAAUCUCUUUUAGAGGAUGAGCAGAAUAUUGAAAGGGAUUCCUUAGUGCUGCGAUUGUCAUAUGCAGAUUAUUUAACGGAUGUUUUCAAACAUUGGGUAAAUCAAAUUGCCACAUUUUACCAAUAUAAUGGUCAAAUAAAAAAGCAACUCUAUUUUGUGGAGAAACAAGGAAAGGGUAACGAAUGGUAAUUUUAUAUUCGCAUUCGAUUUUAUAAAUGUUUUUGUUUAAGGUUUUGAAUUCCUUGAAGCUUUGCCUCAAUCAUCUGGUUAUAUAUUUAACUGUGGUAACUGUAUCCUCCAGGCCCAAGAAUUGAAAACCAUUAACGAAUUGAUGGAACACAAAAUUGAGUACUUUGAACAUGAUAUGAAGAAAUUUCCAAGAUUUCACUGCACUACCAGCAAAAAGCCAAACAAAGAUGACAUCUAUUUUCCCAUAAUCAGUAGUCUAAGAGUUUAUUGCAAAAUACCAACUCAGCUGCAAAACUCCCAAAAUAUUUGCCAAUUUAUGGAAACACUUGAAAAUGUCGAAUUUAAAAAAUUACAAUCUAAACUGAAAGAACUUGUUGAAUUCCAUUUACGACCCCAAUCGGCUCUUAAAGUCAAACGAAAUUUUAGCAUCGUAGCAUGGCAAAAACGCCAUCAACAGCACGAGAAGCGAAAAGCUGUGGAAUUACAAAGGAAGGGCCUGUAUCAUGCAAUGGUUAAACAUCGUAAAUAUCCAAAAUAUUUUGAUUUUAUGUCGAUCUAUGAAGGUCAUGUACGUUAUCUGAACUUCUUUGAAUUUCUAUUAUCAAAAUGUCAAAAUGAAGAAGUUAAGCGGGAAGAAGUAUAUUGGGAUUUGAAAGAAGAAACAAACAAUGUAAAUUCAUUAAACUCAAAAUCAAGACGUUCCAAAUCUUCUUGUAAAUAUGGUACUUAUGAUGAACCAUAAGAUUUCCGUUUUUAUUCUCCAUAUGUGUAUGUUUAUAUAUAUUUAAUUAAAUAAACAAAU